AUGUCUUCUCCACAGCCCACACCGACGGACGACUCUCAGACCGAAGGUCGUGCCACUCCACACGACUCGACUUCGCAAGAGACGCAUACGCAAGAAUCCGAGCCAAUCCCCCAAGGCGAGCAAGAUGGCGAAAGCGAGCCGGUCUCCGAGGACCUAGUCAAUGUCGCAAUUCUGUGCCGUCUGACACCGGACGAAGUACAAACCCUAUACGCAGCGUUGCUGAAUGUAGCCGAUCCCGAGGCCGCUGAGCUAGAAGGGAUCAUACCGCACUUUAUUUACUGGACAUCCGACCGCGACGGUGGUUCCGAGGCUCUGUAUCAGCGCCGCCACGAGCCCGAGGAGCGGUUCUACGUCGACCGUGCCGGCGUGGCAGAUUGCACCUUGAUUAUCACCGAGAACUAUGAGAGUUCGUUGAUUGUGGAGCCCUCUUUCCGCGACGAGCUCUGGUCACUGCUGAAAGACACGCGCGACGACUACGACGACUACGACGACGUAGACGAUGGCCUCCUCGACGCCAUCGCGCUCGAGGCGUUGGAGCACUGCGUCAUCUAUGGACGCAUACCGUGCGGUGGGUUUCGCAGCGCAUGGGCUAACCUGAGCAUUGGCAACCAGGGGUUGAGCGAGACAGUGGGGAUGUACGGUGGCGAGGUUGAGAUGUGGCGGGCUGCAACUUGGAAUAUGGAGACGUUUUACAGAGAAGGCGAGAGGAAAUUCAGGGAGGCUGGCGGGAUCUUGUAUCAAGAGAUUAUGGAUCAUAUGGGGAGCGAUGAGGAGGAGGCGGAGGAGAAGGCGGAGGAGACUGCCAUCUCGACGUAA